AUGAAAGCCUCCAUCCUAGCUACGAUCGCUUUGGCGGCAUGCAGUGCCGCCAGCCCCUUGGGCAGCGCUCACCAAGCCCGAGGCCUUCUUGGAGCUUCGUCCGAGGGUUGCGACUGUGACUCAGACCACGAUGGCAGCACUCCUGAGAUACCAUCUCCUGCUCCCCCUGCAGUUCCGGUUCCUGGUCCUGGUGGAGUCCCAACCGUUCCCGGCAUUCCCGAAUUGCCCGUUCCCAGCGUUCCUGGGUUGCCUGUUCCUGGCGUUCCUACGGUCCCUGGAAACCCGAACGAUCCUGAAGACCCAGAGAACCCGGAAGACCCAGAGGAUCCCGAAGAUCCUGAAGAUCCCGAAGAUCCUGAAGACCCAGAGGAUCCUGAAGACCCAGAGGACCCAGAAGACCCUGAGGGGCCUUCCAAGGGCGGUUGUGACGACGAUGGCUGCCACGGAACUGGACACCUCAUCCAGGACCUGGGCCCGCCACUCAACGAUGUUCUGACCAUUGUUGGUGAGCACACCGAGGAGCUCUUGCUCAAGCUCAGCCCCGGUGUUGCCGGUCUUCUGACCGGACUCGGCCUCCCUGGCUUGGGCCAGCCCGUCGGUCACAUCAUUAAGAGCGCUGCCACCAUUGGCGAACUCAUCGCGGACUUGGGUGAGCCCGUCGAAUGCCUGUUGACCGUUGUGGGACAGGACGGUGGAUUCCUGUUGAUUCAGCUCGAGCCCUCCAUUACCGGACUCCUCACUGGACUCGGACUUCCUAGCAUCGCUCAGCCCGUGGGCAGCAUCGUCGGCACUGUCGGCCAGCACCUCAAGCGUGGCGAUGGACUCCUCGAAGACCUUGCUCCCGUUGUGAACUGCGCUCUUAAGGUGGUUGGCGAGGACUCCAAGAUUCUUCUCAUUGCCUUGAGCCGGCCCAUCGCCAACCUGCUCACUGGCUUGGGUCUCGGUCAGCUUGCCGAGCCUGUCGGCACUGUCAUCCAGUCCGCGGCGACCGUGGGCGAUCUCGUCUACGACUUGGGUGACCCUGUGGAGUGCAUUCUGACCAUCAUCGGCGAAGACGGAGGUGCUCUGCUUGUUGAGCUUUCUCCUUCUGUCGCAGGCCUCCUUAUCGGGCUCGGACUGCCCGGUGUUGGUAUUCCCGUUGGCCAGGUGGUGCAGACCCUUGGCGAGGCUUUGUAG